UUAACUUCCGUGUGCUGCUUCCGUGUCGUGUGAAGUUUCGCCUCCGGACGGUCCACCGCUGACUGCAACAAACUCUCAGGACAAUGCGUGCGAUUCCCGAGGAGUUAACCACGCUCAUCUCAGAUCUAGAAUAUUUCCUCUCUGAUGGAUUAAAAGGGGAAAAUCUUAGCAAGAAGGCAAAAGAGAAGAGGGAAGCCUUUAUCAAACGGAUUAAAGAGGUCAAAUUGGGUUUCCCACAAGACUUCAAGGACAAAAGUGGAGAUGACUCGGAUGACUCGGAGGAAGUUGACAGCAACAAUGAUGGAGGGUCGCUGCAGUCUGAGCGCACAGACAAGGAUGAAGAGGCUUGCGAAGGUGCCCAGCAGUCUCCACCUGUGGCGGCUCAGGACCUGACGUCUGUCUUUAAAGCGGGAUACCUUGAGAAACGCAGAAAGGAUCACAGCUUUUUUGGCACUGAGUGGCAGAAGAGAUGGUGCGCUCUUAGCCAUCACAUCUUCUACUAUUACGGCAGUGAGAAAGACAAGCAGCAGAAGGGGGAGUUCAGUAUCGACGGGUACACUGUCAAAAUGAACAGCACCUUACGGAAGGACUCAAAGAAAGACUGCUGCUUUGAAAUUUCGGCUCCAGACAAGCGAGUUUAUCAGUUUUGUGCGUCAUCGGUGAAAGAGGCGGAGGAGUGGGUGAAACAGAUAGACUUUGUUUUGAGAGAUAUGUCAGGCAUCAUCCCAGUAGAUGAAGAGGAGGAACAGGAAGUGUACGAUGAUGUUGGACAAAUAGAAGAUGCAGAUGAGUCUGAGCCGAUCGACGAAGACAUUUAUGAGGAGCUCCCAGAGGAUGAUGUGCCCACAAAGCCUCCUCCAAAGGUGGAGCCAGCGAGCAAACCCGCUCCUCCUGCUCCAGUUGAUAAGAGCACAGACUACCCCAACUUCUACCAGGGCUUAUGGGACUGUACAGGGGACCACCCGGAUGAGUUGUCCUUCAAGCGUGGAGAUGCCAUCUACGUUCUGAGCAAGGAGUACCAGAACUUUGGCUGGUGGGUUGGAGAGAAAGACGGAACAAUAGGAAUAGUCCCCAAAGAAUUCCUGAUGGAGCUUUAUGCUCUAUAAAUACACCUCAUGUAAGUCACUCAGAUAUCAUGGUUGAAGUUAGGGCUGCACAAUUCAAUAAAUCACAAUAUCAGAAUUGUGUGAAUACGUUCCAACAUACCAUUAUAAGUGAAGCAUGCCCUCAUCUACAAAUCAUAUUUCAGAUGUAAGGGAACAUGCUUGUUUUGCAAAAUUACCAAUACAUUUUUUUUUCAGUGCAAAUAAAAUGCAAAAAUGAUCAUUCUCUCUGAAAUGGCGACUCAAAGGCUUCCUCAAAUGCAACAUGAUAUUUUUUUCUUUGCAUAUUGUGCAGCCCGAACUGCAAUGAACAAAUUUGAUCAUACAGUUGUUUGAGGAUCAAAAUGUAUAACUGACAUGAAUCCACUAUAUCAUAACUAAUAUAGUGUGUCAUUUUCAGGACCGUUCCCCCAAAAAUCGAUUCAAACAGACUGAUGAUUGGAUUAAAAUAUUUUCAUAUGACUGAAAUACAUGUUUAAGAGUAUUUUUCUACAGUUUCUGCACUUUGCACAGCUUUUUUGUAUUUAUUUCCUUUCCAAGGUACAGUUUUUUUCCACAUAAUUUCAUACACUGCUUGUGCCAAGAUAAAUAAAGGUUUAAA